CAUCUAGUGGCAUGCUGACCCACAGGGUUUACUCCUCCAAGUUAUUUCUAUAGGCCUACCUGUGUUUUGAGUUCUUUAAUGCAUGUCAAUCACAUAAUGGAUUGGAUAUUCCCCCUCAUCACAAAUGAAAGAUAACGAGGAUCUUGGUAUGAAUAAGGAUUACAAUGUUACAACAUAAAUACUGCCAACCUUCAGCGGGUCAGCAGAUAACCAAGCAUAAAAACCUGCUUCGGCUAAGAGCCACAUCAAGUCGUAGAUUGACCCAUAGUUAGCAACCUAAUUCAAUCUAGAGAAUGGAUUAUUUUGUGUUUGUGGGCAGCGUCCUCUUGCUGAUGUUCAGCCCAGCUGCUCCGAUGUGCGUCCCAACGGACUACGCGCUCUACGUGGAGAAGCCCGAGUGUAACUUUUGUGUGGCUAUCAACACCACCAUCUGCAUGGGAUUCUGUUACUCUCGGGACAGCAACAUGGGAGACCUGGUGGGCCUGCGCUUUCUGCUCCAGAGAGGCUGUACCUACAACCAGGUGGAGUACCGCACGGCCAUCCUGCCCGGCUGCCCCAGCGAGGGCAGCUCUCUGUUCAGCUACCCCGUGGCCCUCAGCUGCCACUGCGGAGCCUGCAACACCGCAGUCGAUGAGUGCGCCCACAGAGCCAGCAGCAACAGGCCCACGUGUACCAAGCCCGUCAGACACAUCUACCAGAGCAACUUCCUGCUGCCCUUUUAAUUUCUAAAGGCUGGCUGUUUGAUUCAGGUUUUUAGUUUUCUUUUCGUAUGCUUGUUUGGGGCUUUUCAGUAUGUUUAUGGGGUUAAGAGCAGGCAACUGUUGGAUGUUAUAAUGACCACCAUUUGCUUUUAAUAAUAUUAAUUCUAUCGUUAGUAUUAGGACUGGUCGAUAUUGACAUUAGUAUUUUACCUGUUAAUACUGAGAGAAAAGAAAGGGAUAUUGGCAUCAACCUAGGCUAAUUUUCCACUAGGGAGUAUAAUACCAUGAAAAAACAACAUCUGAAUAUACACUGCAUACAAACGUUUUGUUACUUUUUGUUUAUUUCCAAAUAAAGAUAUUUCAAAUAUCA